UGAUGUAAGAGUUGAUAGAACUACUAUUAUAAUAAAAGAGUAGGCAUAAAGUUUCCAUCGAGUGUCCGUUCGGCAUAAACUGAUAGACGGUUCUGCGAAAUACUCUUUGCCGCAUAGGGGAUGUUCGUAGAGCCUUCAUCUUUAGGUAGUUAUUGUGUCUUCACUCCAGUGAUCAGUGCCACGUACUAGAAGUUUCAGUAAAAGGAUACAAUUUUUGAUUCACAAUGGGGCUACCUCAAAUAGAGACCUGCUGCUUUGUCCUCGACUUAAAAACUGGCAACAUUGUUAUGGGAUCUAUAAAUGCGCUCCUUUCAUUCGUGAUGUUUAUAAUCAUGGUGGUAGUGGCAUGUACUUUGGAGCCGUUCAAAGAACUGGCCGCAGAUGAAAAGGACUUCGAUGCUGAAGCUGCCUUCACGGGACUCUACGCGAUGUCGAUAAUUCUCUGCCUCAUGUUUUUGGCAAAGUUCUUUUUUGACGUAUUCUUCGUGUAUGGUGUUCUGACGGAGCGUGCCGGUAUAAUCCGUGGGUACUUCAUAAUGUGGGUGGUGUUCUUCUUGCUGUCCAUGUUCACCUUCUUCCUCAACGCCCCCCACUUCAGCGCCGGUCACAUUUGCAUGGAAGUAUUCUACAUUGGUCUCAAUGUAUACGCCAUUUUAAUCAGCCACAGUUUCUACAAGCAACUUAAUAGUCGGGAAGAAGUUUAGAAUCUUAGCUAAAUGUUUUUACUUGUAAACCUUCCUAUAGCCUGUUU